AUGAUGGACAUUGAUGAGCCAGAAUCAACAAAUGCAGCUUCAAGAGGCCCAGAAAAUAAUAAAAACUCCUCAGGAGAUGACCGGUUCAUUGAUGCCAGUGGCUGCACACUUUUUGUCCAAUGAUUAACAAAGCUUUACAGCUCAGAAGAAGCAUUAUUCGGAUACUUUACUAAUUUCGGAGAAAUCUCUGAAAUUAAGCUUCUCUCAGAGCAUUCUUGUGCAUUUGUUCGAUUUUCCUCAAGGAUUUAUGCUGAUAAAGCUAUUUCUUUUCUAAGCAAUUUAAAAAGUAAAGGAGAAAACUCUGUUUUGAAUUGGAUAAAAGUUGGGCCGACAUUUGAUAUAAAGCAACACAUCUUACAAAGCAAUAAUUCGUUUAGCAAAAGAGAAGAAAUAGCUGAUGAUUUAAGCAAAAAAGAUUCGUUCAUGAGGAAAUUAGAUGCUGUUGAACUUAACUUGGAAUAUGCAGCAUUUCACUGCUCUCAGUAUUAUGAGUUUACUUAA